UGUGGAAAGCAGUGUUGACCUCCCACCGGAUUCACCUCUAGUGCGCAGCCAUGUUUCGGUCUCUUCGCAGCGUUCGGCAGUUUAACUGCAAUCUCUGGACUUUACAAAGACUCAUAGUCGACUCAAAACUUCAUUUCUCUACGUCCAUAAUGGCCAGUUCAGAGUUCAGGAUCGAGCGGGACACGUUUGGGGAGCUCAAGGUCCCUGCGGACAAGUACUACGGUGCUCAGACAGUCCGAUCCACCAUGAACUUCAAGAUAGGAGGACCAACGGAGAGAAUGCCCAUCCAGGUUAUUAAAGCCUUUGGGAUCCUGAAGAAGGCGGCUGCAGAGGUGAACAAAGAGUACGGCCUCAACCCAAAGAUAGCAGACGCAAUCAUGCAGGCUGCAGACGAGGUUUCAGCUGGAAAACUGGAUGAUCAUUUCCCUCUGGUGGUGUGGCAGACAGGGUCUGGAACUCAGACCAACAUGAACGUCAAUGAAGUGAUCAGCAAUAGAGCUAUUGAAAUCCUGGGAGGCAAACUAGGCUCCAAGGAUCCCGUCCACCCCAAUGACCAUGUCAACAAGAGCCAGAGCUCCAAUGACACCUUCCCCACUGCCAUGCACAUUGCAACAGCCACAGAGGUCCACCAGGUCCUCCUGCCUGGACUCCAGACCCUGCACGAUGCUCUAGCUGCAAAAGCAGAGGAGUUCAAAGACAUCAUCAAGAUUGGACGCACACACACUCAGGACGCUGUACCACUGUCACUGGGACAGGAGUUUAGUGGUUAUGUGCAGCAGGUGAAGUACAGCAUAGAGAGAGUGAAGGCAGCCAUGCCCCGGGUGUACGAGCUGGCAGCAGGAGGCACAGCUGUAGGAACUGGACUCAACACCCGCAUUGGCUUUGCUGAGAAGGUUGCUGCUACAGUUUCCUCCCUCACAGGCCUGUCUUUUGUAACAGCACCCAACAAGUUUGAGGCUCUUGCUGCCCAUGACGCCCUGGUAGAGCUGAGUGGGGCACUGAACACAGUGGCUGUCAGCAUGAUGAAGAUCGCCAAUGACAUCCGUUUCUUGGGGUCAGGACCCCGCUCUGGCCUUGGAGAGCUCAUCUUACCAGAGAAUGAACCAGGGAGCAGCAUCAUGCCAGGGAAGGUGAACCCAACCCAGUGUGAAGCCAUGACCAUGGUUGCAGCCCAGGUCAUGGGAAACCACGUGGCUGUCACCAUCGGUGGCAGCAAUGGACACUUUGAGCUCAAUGUCUUCAAACCCAUGAUGGUCAAGAAUGUGCUGAACUCUGCAAGGCUGCUCGGUGACGCGUCUGUCUCCUUCACCAACAACUGCGUUGUGGGCAUCGAGGCCAACACAGAGAGGAUCAACAAGCUGAUGAAUGAGUCGCUCAUGCUGGUCACUGCACUCAACCCACACAUCGGUUAUGACAAAGCAGCCACCAUUGCCAAGACCGCUCACAAAAAGGGCUCUACGCUGAAGGCCAUGGCUGUAGAGCUGGGCUACCUGACCGAGGAACAGUUUGACCAGUGGGUGAAGCCGAGUGAAAUGCUGGGGCCAAAGUGAACUCUAACAGCACAAGAAACAUCACAUCAAGAAAGAAACCUCCUCUGAUGUGAGAAAAGUGUGUUCCUGUUCAAGCAAAACAACUGAACUGUACGAACGUUGCUCUGAAUCCUGAGCAUCUCAUGAAUAAAAUUACCAGAAUCCUUUGCAGUUA